CCGGAUCAUACGUAGAGCCUGAGUACGAGCAAUCGCUGGCAGUGGUUGAUCAACAGCUUAUGAGUACCAUAUAAUCUCGUUUUCAUAUCUACAUUCUUGCUAUUAAAUCACUUUCCCCCAUCACGAAAUGUCCUGUCAGCAGUCAGCCGAUAUGCUACCCCCUGAUCACUUCCUCCUCCAGCCUCGUCAGGACUUCCUUAUCGGCGUUCAGGAGGGUCACAUAGAUACCUCCACUCUUGCUGCGCACGAUUUCGAUGUUGAUACUCGCACGGGUUUUAUGCCCCCAGAUCCUCCUUUAAGUAGACUCCCAGCACAAUGGGAACUCUGGGAGACAACACUGGAUGCUGCAAUGCAAGCAAAGCUGCAGCUCUCUGUCAAACGAGGUCUGACAGUUGAGGAGAAAAACUCAUCUGAGUCAUGGCGAGAACACGUUCGAAAGCUGCUUGUCCUUCCUAUGUCCGAGCUCACAAACUCCGAGCUCCUACUUCGGCGCGCGCACCAUGUUCUCACCUUCAUUAUGCAUUUUUACAUUUACACACUCCCCCUGUCUUCUUCCGUGCUUAUUCCGGAACCAAUUUCUGUCCCCCUCGUCGCCAUAUCCAGUCAUUUGCAGUUACCACCGGUCGUCACGUACUCUGAUAAUGUCCUCUAUAAUUGGGACAUUAUCCACCCUAGGGCCCAAACGGAGCUUGGAUUCGAGGCUCCCGCUCUGGACAAUCUUCGCAGCCAGGACAUGUUUUCCGGUACCAUAGAUGAGCAAGAAUUCUACCUUGCUUCGGCCCGCAUAGAGCUUCGCGGCGUCGAGGCUCUCGAGCUUAUGGGUGCGACUAUGGAUGAGUUGUUCGUCGGCGACAAGAUAGCCAUCAGGCGCAUUACCGCAUACCUCUACAAGCUUGCUUCGGUUGUGCACGACCUUAAGACCAUCCUGCUCGACGUGCGUAAGGGCUGCGACCCUAACACGUUUUAUCACUCCAUUCGCCCAUGGUUCCGUGGCGCAGACUCCGAUCCUGCCCACAGGAAAUGGGUGUUCGAAGGCGUUGAAGAGCAGCCUACCGACCUCUCAGGGCCAAGCGCAGGGCAGAGCGCCCUGAUUCAUGCUUUAGACAUAUUUCUUGGUCUAGACAACUGCAAUGUGGUCGAAGGUGGCGUUGCAUCGGACCAACGGACGCUGUUGAGAAGGAUGCAGAUCUACAUGCCACGUCACCACCGCAAUUUCUUGCGACACCUCAGCACAAACCCACGUCCUGUGCGGACGUUCGUAAUGCAAACGAGGCCUGAUAUAAACCUUUUAGACGCAUACAAUUCUGCGGUGCAGUCGGUGAAGCAGUUUAGGGAUGCGCAUAUCAAGAUCGUGGCAAUCUAUAUUAUUGCACCUGCUGCUCGUGAAAGGACGGAACUCCGGCACGCAGAUCCAGAAGCUAAGGAGGUUGGGAAGCAAGUGCUGAAGGGCACUGGCGGGACGGAUCUAGUACGCUUCCUCAAAGACGUGAGGGACAAAACUGCCGAGGCAGUCGUGGAGCCUACGUUGUAGACCGUGUUAGAUCUGGGAUCCUGGAACAACAUGAGCAUCGGCAUUUAUGCAUUUGUUCAACUUAUUGGUCAUUAUGCUGAUUCGCUAAUUCUUUCUCCUGUAUGGCAACAUGCCCACUUUAAUUGGUUUGUAUGUUCAAUUAUCCUCCCUUAGACAAACAACACAAUGAUAGAUUGUUCGAUCAGUAUCUCUUCCUAAAUUAUAUGGGCUUACUUAUGUGUCGGACUUGUGGUUGAGUGUCUUCCAUCAAUACUUAUUACCGAGGUCGAGCAUUGUGGGGCAUUGGGCGGUUACAGUAACAAAGCAAGAUUCUUGCUUUCUCAUCGUGUCCAGAGUAUAUCAGUUAGCCGGC